CUCCUCUGUCUCUCCAUUUCCUUUUCUAUUUCUCUUCGAUUCAAUCGUUCUUCACUCUUUUUUUGGCUGGUCCUCUAUUCCAGCUUCUUUUUCUUUAUUUUCCCUCUUUCUCUCCCUAAUCCCUCCCCCUAUUGACUCGGGAGGUCAACCGUCACCAUGAGCGGACUUCGCUUCCUCGAUCUGAUUAAGCCCUUCACGCCCCUCCUCCCGGAGGUGGCAGCCCCGGAGACCAAGGUUCCCUUCAACCAGAAGCUGAUGUGGACGGGAUUGACCUUGUUGAUCUUCUUGGUUAUGAGUCAGAUGCCUUUGUAUGGUAUCGUCUCGUCCGACACGUCGGAUCCGCUGUACUGGCUACGUAUGAUGUUGGCCAGUAACCGGGGUACGCUCAUGGAGUUGGGUAUUACUCCCAUCAUUUCUUCGGGCAUGGUUUUCCAGCUCCUCGCUGGUACCCACCUCAUCGAUGUCAACCUGGACCUCAAGACCGACCGUGAGCUCUACCAGACCGCCCAGAAGCUUUUUGCCAUCAUCCUUUCGUUCGGUCAGGCCUGUGUUUACGUCUUGACUGGUCUCUACGGCCAGCCCAGCGACCUCGGUGCCGGUAUCUGUGUUCUGUUGAUCGUUCAGCUGGUUGUUGCUGGUCUCGUGGUUAUCCUCCUCGAUGAGCUGCUCCAGAAGGGCUACGGUCUCGGAAGCGGUAUCUCGCUUUUCAUUGCUACCAACAUUUGCGAGUCGAUUGUCUGGAAGGCCUUCUCCCCCACGACCAUCAACACUGGCCGUGGCCCCGAGUUCGAGGGUGCCAUCAUCGCCCUGUUCCACCUCCUGUUGACCUGGCCCGACAAGCAACGUGCUCUGUACGAAGCUUUCUACCGCCAGAACCUCCCCAACGUUAUGAACCUCCUGGCUACCGUCAUCGUCUUUGCCUCCGUCAUCUACCUCCAGGGCUUCCGUGUUGAGAUCCCCGUCAAGUCCUCCCGCCAGCGUGGCAUGCGUGGUUCUUACCCCGUCCGCCUGUUCUACACCUCCAACAUGCCCAUCAUGCUUCAGUCCGCUCUGUGCUCCAACAUCUUCCUGAUCAGCCAGAUGCUGUACUCGCGUUUCUCUGACAACAUCCUUGUCAAGCUUCUCGGUGUCUGGGAGCCCCGUGAGGGUUCUGCCCAGCUCCACGCUGCUUCGGGUAUUGCCUACUACAUGUCUCCUCCCUUGAACUUCAAGGAGGCCCUUCUUGACCCCGUUCACACCUCCGUGUACAUUGCUUUCAUGCUCGUUGCCUGCGCUCUCUUCUCCAAGACCUGGAUUGAGGUUUCCGGCUCUGCUCCCCGUGAUGUUGCCAAGCAGCUCAAAGACCAGGGUCUCGUCAUGGCCGGUCACCGUGAGCAGAGCAUGUACAAGGAACUGAAGCGUAUCAUCCCCACUGCUGCCGCUUUCGGUGGUGCUUGCAUUGGUGCUCUGUCCGUUGCCUCUGACCUUCUCGGUGCUCUUGGAAGCGGCACUGGUAUUCUGCUCGCUGUUACCAUUAUAUACGGAUACUUCGAAAUUGCUGCCCGAGAGGGCGACUUCGGUUCUGGCCUCAAGGGCCUUGUCCCCGGCAGCUAAGCAGGGGAACUUUUGACGAACAGUAUGAGAUAGGACUGUGAUUUCUUUUGAUUCUUCGUUUCAGGAUUGGUGCUGUUACGGCGAAGACUUCUUCUGAGGUGUCUUCCACAUGACAGAUAAUAAUUUAUGACGGCAAGAUGUGGAGCUUGAAUACUUCAUUAUACAUGUAUUGAUAGUGUCUUUUAUGAUCUUUUUUUUUUAUGUUAUCUGUCAUGAUGGGAGUUUACAAGGAAGUGAGGCUGUGCUGUAUAUAACACCAAAUCCUGGUUUGUAACCAUAUUAUGAAAAUUCAAAAUAGAUGU